UGGUGCUGGGGCUGCGCGCGAGAUUUUUCCUUCGCCUGCUUGCGUGUUCGUGCCUGUUGCUCCGUCGCCUAGCGUUCGUCUGUCCUCAGUGGUCGAACGAAUCGAAUCCUCCUUGCGGGCGCGAACAGCAGUCCAGCAGACCGGCCAGUAAUGUGCGCUCCGCACAAGUGCACGGAGCAUGGAUGGCCUGCCGUCUCACACGCGUGGUAUAAAUGAUUCAAUACCGAUUCCCGGUCAAAACUGCUCGACUCUGCUGACGUUGAUCACAACGCCGUCGUGGGAGUCGGUCAACCACGAUUUGAGAUGGCAUUUUUUAUUACACACCUAUACCUUCGCCUGCCUGUUCUUCGUGCUCAGUUUCUACACCUUCUUUUCGUUCCUGAACUUGAGAUCUUUAAUGUCAAGGCCUCCCUUCAUGUCUACAAUAAAUAUUUUCCUGUGCCUACUGGGCGCUUUGAGGUGCGCUUGCCUCCUGAUAGACCCGUAUAAUCUGAAAGAGACAAUGCCGCUAGUCAUCGGCUCGAUCAUUUGGGAUAUUGGAUUUCCCUUCAUUACCUCGGCGUUUUGUCUCAUACAAUUAGCUUUCCUUCAACUAACUCAGUGCGUGUGUCUGUGUUCGCAGGUAAAGUUCGGCCUGGAGCGCUUUCAAAAGGAGACCUACCUCAGUCUAAUGAUUAUCUUCCAUAUCUCGUGCGUAAUAAUAAGCGACGUCACCCUGGCCUUCCACGUAAGCUACAUGUCUAAGUACGUAGUUCAGAUGGUCUUCCUAAUCUGGGCGCUGAUGCUGUACGUGAGCUUCCUUUACGCGGGCUACAAGGUCAAGGCGCUGCUUGAUACCCUGCCGAGCAACUUGUUGGCUCGCGAGGGCUCCGGCGCCAAUCAGAAAGGCAUAAUGCAGCUUGCCAUGCUAGCACCUUACAAUAAUCUGGCCACCUCGGUAGCGGCCGCGCUCGUGCCCACCCUGCUUGGACCCACCAAGUUCAAACCAUCCGUCGAUGAUGCCACAGCUAAGCCCACAGCCAAAGGCCCUGAAAAUAAUAACCCCAGCUUCAAUUCCAUCUCGUACAUCAUAGACCAGCAGCAGCAGUCGCAGCAGCAGCGUCAGGGUAACGGUAAAUCGUUGACGAGUCGAUUGAAAUCGCCGCCAACGACAGCAAUUCUACUUGGUAACGACGAGGAGGUCGAAGAUAUGCAACAGCAGCCAGCGAUCUCUACAGUACCUGAAGUAUACGUAAGGCCACCAACGCCGACACCCUCCAUUGCAAACUUACCCAUCAUCACCGUGUCCAGUCCAAGUAGACGUAGCUCACUUGCCAGCCGACGUGGUAGCGACGUCUCGCAGACUCGCAAUUCCCGACGCGCGUCCGAAUGCAGUGUACGCUUUGUCAACGAGGACGAGGCGAUCUCGGCAAACGAUCAAGCAUCUCCAGGCGCAGGUAAGCGAAGCCCAGCCGAGCCGAACUCGCCGUCGCUCGAUGACAGGCAACCCGAGGGUAUACUCCGGCGCAACUCCGACUGCAUUACAUCCCAAGGCAGUAGCCGCGACCUACGGCGUGGAUCGGAUGUUAGUGGCGGCGAGACCAAGAUACGAUCGCAAUUCGCCAAUAAGCUCAGGCGAAAUAGCGACUUUGGCAACAGGACACCCAGGAGGGCCCAGCCCGAGGAGUCGAAACUCGCUAAGAUUCUUGAUAUCAGCCCCUCCGGCUCUCGACGUAAUUCGGACUUGGGCAGUCUGGCGCCAAGCCGAGCGGUAGAGUCACGUCGUAAUUCGGACGUGGGUCGGAGCGCGGAGCGUCGUGGUUCGGAUAUUGGUUUCAUGAAAGCCCAACCGAGCGGAGCCAGUCGUCGUAGCAGCGACGUGAGCAUUCGAAUUCUCGAACGCAGUCCGUUGCACCAUCCAACGAGCCCAACAAACAAAACAUCCGAGGGUACGACCAAGCUGACCGAGAAUGAGCAAGCGGACGAUAAAUCGGCACUCGUCGAUGGCACUUCGACGAGCGAGGAACAGAGUCCCGGUAAAACGGGCAAAAAGAAUCUCUCGUGGAAGAGCGACAGUGUCAAGGAAGAGCAUCACGAGGACAUUACGGCCGAGACUAGUUUAUUACCUGAUGGCCAGCAGCCUCGUGGCGCCACGGGCGCGGACUUUACUCUUCAUUCAAUACUGAACCACAUUGCGUACGUUAAUCGGGCGAAGUCGGAUUCGCCAUUGUACAUUCCCGAGGCGGCGACAGCCGCCGCUAGAAGGGCGCAAAUCAAAAGAGUCCUCAAUGUUACCUACACCACCGCUGUACUUGGCAUCUUACUUUGCCUUUUAGACGUUGGUCGCAUCUUUGGACCUUACGGAUUACUGGCGGAGACAAUGAGAUAUGGGACAAAACCGUUGGUGUGGCAGUUUCCAAAGCCCUGGCCGUGGAUAAUCUAUCAGACGUUGUGCCGCUUCCUCGAGUUGGUGAUGGGUUGCGCGAUGGCCAGCAUAACGAAGCAGCCGUCAGCGAGUCCCCGACACCAAUAUUUAAGCAGCUAUCCUUCUUACAAUUUGCGCAUGAAACAGCGUGACAACCUUUACAUUUAAACAAAAAUUCAAAGCAAUACUAAAUCAACAAUUUCGUGUAUAAUGAAGGUUCAACGUUAAAACAAACAAAAAAAAAAGAAAAAAACAAAAA